AGAAAUGAUAGUCAGUAGCUCCGAUUUUUUGAAUGGUAACGAUGACAUCACAUUGUGUGUGAAAAAUCUCACGUUUCUUCAUCUUAAUGCAGCAGAAGGGAUCAAGAAUAUGGCAAGUGGUUGGCAUAGCAACAGGAGUCAGGUGUUCCUGCACGUGUGUGUUGUAUCUGCACACAAUUGGAUAUAUUUAUUUUUAAUGACAAAACAAAAUGCAUUUGUUGAAAUCGGAAAGAAAGCAAGGUGUUUGUGCACGCAUGAAUCCGAGGAUAUACCCGUAAAGUGUGCACGUGACGUUGACCGAAUUGUAUAUCUAUUAAUCCAUUAAUUAGUCAAACGGUGUUCAGAUCACGAAAAAGUAUAAAGCACACGCGAUAAAGACGUAGAGCUCGAGGAAACGGGUGCAUAUUGCGCACAAAUGCGCCAAAAAUGUCCUCCAGAUAUGAAGGCGUUAAUGUGCUCGUGCGCUCGUGAGGGUUUGCAUGGGGGGAGGGGACCCCUGCACAUCACUGAGUGUAUGUGGAUGGCGUGGGCUUCUCUCUUCCAAACCGCGCAGCAUCAUCAUCAUCAUCAUCACUCGGUUCACAGCGACAGCCGCGUACGCAUCCUCACCCUCAUCCUCCUCAUCCUCCUCAUCACCAUCUCCGGACUGAAGAGGGAGCAAAUCGCAGGAGGAAAGGUAUAACAAGAACCUCUUGUCAGCCACGUCAGUCACUUCAAAUCUGUGAGGUACACUUUGGUAAAAUUGAAGCAGGUGGCCUCUCCACUAAACCUUGACCAUCUUUGCAUCAGCCCAGCCUCUUUAAAAUGGAGGAAGGCUACCAAAACCGGACUGCCUUCAUUAAAGGUGCCAAAGACAUUGCCAAAGAGGUCAAACGACAAGCCAGUAAGAAGGUUGGCCGUGGGGUGGAUCGGAUGACUGAUGAGUACAGCAAACGCUCCUACAGCCGCUUUGAAGAGGAUGAUGAUGACUACCCCACGCAGGGCAGCCAGGACGGAGGCUAUUACCGUGGAGACAGCCAAGCGGCUAACGACGAUGAGGGCGGGCACAGUGACUCCACAGAGGGCCACGAUGAAGAUGACGAGAUCUACGAGGGUGAGUACCAAGGAAUUCCCAGAGCCGAUUCCGGAAAGGGAAAUCUGGCUGGAGGCCCAGACUCAGUGAGAGCCAAUGCUCAGGAGUUCAGAGAUAUUGGCGUGUCUGAAGCCGAGAGGAGGAAGGACCGUGAGGAGCUGGCUCAGCAGUAUGAGACUAUUUUGCAGGAGUGUGGACACGGCAAGUUCCAGUGGACCCUGUACUUUGUGCUGGGGCUGGCUCUCAUGGCGGAUGGUGUGGAGAUCUUCGUGGUCGGGUUCGUCUUGCCGAGCGCCGAGAAGGAUAUGUGCCUGUCGGAACCGAACAAGAGCAUGCUGGGUCUGAUUGUUUACUUCGGGAUGAUGGUGGGGGCGUUUCUCUGGGGAGCUCUGGCUGACCGGAUAGGCCGUCGGCAGUCUCUCCUCAUCUCUCUCUCCAUCAAUAGUGUCUUUUCCUUCUUCUCCUCCUUCGUCCAGGGCUACAGCACCUUUCUGUUUUGCAGGCUCCUCUCAGGUGUUGGGAUAGGUGGCUCGAUCCCCAUCGUGUUUUCUUACUACUCUGAAUUUUUGGCCCAAGAGAAGCGUGGUGAGCACCUCAGCUGGCUCUGCAUGUUCUGGAUGAUUGGAGGAAUCUACGCAUCCGCAAUGGCCUGGUGCAUUAUCCCACAUUAUGGAUGGAGUUUCCAGAUGGGCUCAGCGUAUCAGUUCCACAGCUGGCGUGUGUUUGUGUUAGUGUGUGCUUUCCCCUCUGUUGCCGCCAUCAUUGCUUUAAGUGCUAUGCCAGAGAGCCCACGCUUCUACUUAGAGAACGGCAAACAUGAUGAAGGCUGGAUGAUUCUGAAGCAAGUUCAUGACACCAACAUGCGAGCAAAAGGACACCCAGAGAGAGUGUUUACUGUCACCACCAUUAAGACGGUGAAACAGAUGGAUGAGCUGGUGGACACUGGCACCGACACCCCUGUCUGGCAGCGCUACAGACUGAAGAUUAUGAGCCUCUCCCAACAGAUCAAGAACAACAUCCUGGCCUGCUUCAGCCCAGAGUACAAACGCACUACUUUCAUGCUCAUGGCUGUUUGGUUCACCAUGUCUUUCAGCUACUACGGUCUGACUGUGUGGUUCCCGGACAUGAUCAAGUACAUCCAGAAGCAGGAAUAUGAAUCCCGCACUAAGACCUUCACUAAAGAGCGAGUGGAGCAUGUCACCUUCAACUUCACCCUGGAAAACCAAAUCCACAGCCAGGGACAUUACUUCAAUGACAAGUUCCUGAACCUGAAGAUGAAGUCGAUGGUGUUUGAAGACUCUGUGUUUGAAGAGUGCUACUUUGAGGACAUCACCUCCACACAUACCUUCUUCAGAAACUGCACAUUUGUCGCAAGUUUGUUCUAUAACACAGAUUUGUUCAAAUACAGGUUUGUUGACUGUAAACUCGUCAACAGCACGUUUCUGCACAACAAGGAAGGCUGCAUACUCGACUUCAGCGACGACUUCAACAACGCUUACAUGAUUUACUUUGUCAGCUUCCUCGGCACGUUGGCUGUGUUGCCAGGCAACAUCGUGUCGGCUCUAUUAAUGGACAAAAUUGGGCGUUUAAGGAUGCUGGCGGGGUCCAGCGUCAUCUCUUGUGUCAGCUGUUUCUUCCUGAUGUUUGGGAACAGUGAGUCAGGGAUGAUCGCCCUCCUGUGUCUGUUUGGAGGCAUCAGCAUCGCCUCGUGGAACGCCCUGGAUGUGAUAACAGUUGAGCUCUACCCCUCAGACAAGAGGACCACAGCGUUUGGUUUCCUGAACGCUCUCUGUAAACUGGCAGCGGUCCUGGGCAUCAGCAUCUUCCAGUCAUUUGUCGGCAUCACUAAGGCAGUACCCAUCAUAUUCGCUGCUGGUGCGCUCGCUGCAGGUAGUUUCCUUGCAACAAAGUUGCCUGAAACACGAGGCCAAGUGUUGCAGUAAAACAUACAACCACCAGUGGGCAGCAGAGCACAGCUGGCGUGUGUCGUUUGACAACUAGAGCCCGAACAUCCCUGAAAGCUUCAGUGCUGCCCGUCACACACCAACAGAACAGACUGCCAUCCCCAUUGUAAGCCCAGAAUCCUUUGAAAUAGGACUGCAUCAUUCAAAGUCCUCACAGAGCCACAGUGACAAGACGAGGGGUACUAUCAGGUACUAAAAACCACAGAUCCUUUUCAAAGAGUGUUGAUCUGGUAAUGCAUCCAGCAGUGAGGCAGAUUGUGGUGUGAAGUAAAGGAAGCCUGUUAUUUUUCUGAAGUUUUUAUUUCUGGGCCAACAGAUCCACCUUACCAAACUUAAUUAAUACAAAAGAGAUGUCAAAGGGAGAGACUGAAAAAGCCAUUUAGAGGGAAAUGAAAAUAUUUAUAAUGUUAGGAUGAAUUUAAAAUAUGAUUGCAGUCUGUUUCUUUCUAUUUCUGUCUUGGCCUUGUUGACGGGCUUUCAGUGCUUUUUUCUUGAGUGUGAUGUUUACUGGCACAAUUCACUUCACAUUUACAGUCAGACUGUUUUUUUUCUAGUAGAAUUGAACAAAUGAAUUUGUCAAGGGGACUAUAUUUUCUCUAAAAAUGCCCCUGACCCUAUAGACCACUGCCUGCUACUGAAGCCAGACUUUCUGAAAGCUCUUAUUUUCUACCAAACACGAUUCAAACAUUCCAGUGAGACUUGAUUUAUUCAGACACAGAGAAUUGAAUGUUUCUCACGUCCCUGCAUAAAUCCAGUCUCCUCAACUUAUCACCUCAAAACACACGGACAGGUGAAGAUGCAUUUCACAGGAUUCUCUGUCGUAAAUGGGACUAGUUUGAUCCAGCUCCUCGGUGUUCAGUGUGAAACUCAUAUUUUAUUCCCUCCAUGUUGUUGACUCGUACAGCUGUGGCAAACAUAGGAACAUCUGUUGGAUGGAUUUUGGUCAAGUGAGAGCACAUACCUAAGGUGCAACGCUUGCCUGAAGUAGAAGUUGUAUGCAUGGGGGUUGCAUGUGUGUCUGUGUAAUGUGAGAAAAGCGAAAGUGUCAGGUUUAUGUGUUUGAACUCCUUCAUUUCAUGCAAAUCAGCGCAGCUGUGUGAAUCAUGUUUAACUGAUCCAACAGCAGAAUGUACGGAGCAGCAGUCACACAUUAUUUUGAAAAAUGAUAACAAAUACAUAAAGUAGCUCAGGUGUGUUGUACUGUUUUGAUCAUGUUUACAGCUGAUAUUAUGUUUAACACCGUUCCACCAAAAAAUUGUACAUGCAGGAUAGUUAAAUGACCAGUCCAGCUCCAUCCUGCAUUUAUCAGCCUUAACAUGGAAUCAAGACAUAAAAGAAGUAUUUUGAUUUGGUGUAAAAGUUGGUUUUUAACCUCAGACACAGUGCUUUGAUGACAACAUUUUAGAUUUAGAUCCAGUUAUUGACUUUUUGUCAGCAGUUUGCUGGCUCUUCAAGGAGACAACAUCUUCAAAGAGCCCUUUGUUCUUUCUGUCUCUUUUUUUAUUUAGGCUCAACAGACAAAUACAAGGCGUUGUCAUUUCUUUAAAUUUUGUUAUGCCUCUUAAAAGUAAUGGCGAUUUCAUCAUACUCAUAAGCACAAAUUAAACGGGACCGAAUGAAGAAAAAUCAUAGAAAUUAGAUCAGGCAGAGCAGCACAAAAAAUAACAGAGAUUACAAAUGACCUGUCUGCAAAUAUUUUAAAGGCUCUGGUUCCUUUCAUUACUUUACUUUUAUUUCUGCCAAGAAGGAGAUUUGAACCAUUCUAUAUGUUCCUGUAUGAAGUACAACUCACUACAAAGUACACACAAAAAAUAUUCUGACUUUAGUCUGAAUUUGACAACACCCCUCUGAAGGAAAGCUGUAGAGUACAUACAUUGAUACAUGUCUCUACUUCCAUAUCAUUUCUCCAAAGGUGUACAUCAAUAUGUGUGCUGACAAUCAGUGAAUGAGAACAUGGGUUCUUCCUAGUCCUGUAUGUUGUUCGACAACAAGUCACCCUCUGGAUGUCUGUGCCUGUGUGUGCGUGUGUGUGUACGUGUGUUUAUGUGUGUGUGUGUGUUUGGAUGUUAGAAGCUUUGGUGUUGUCUGUCGGUGAGCCAGAGUAGACUGGUAAUGUAACCCAAAAAACACCCAUGUCAUAAUUAUCUCAGAUGUUGGAGUUUGUCUGUCCACUUAACUCUGUGUGUGUGUGUGUGUGUGUGUGUGCAUGUGCGUGUGUGUGUGUGUGUGUGAAAAAGACAGAAAUAAUAAUUCAACAUUUUGACAAGUUACUUUUAUUCUUUGUCAUUGCCUGGCCUCACAUGAGAAGAUUGAUAUUCUUUGAUGUCUGUGCUUUAAGCAAGGAGUUAAAAGCCAGGAGAGGAUUAGCUUAUCUUAUGCAGCAUAAUGACUGCAGACAGUAGGAAACAGCUAGCUUGCUUCCACCAAAGGUCACACAAUCUGAAGAAAUUGUAUGGCAUGUAACUCAUCAAACCAAAACUUGCUCUGUUUUUACACUUUGAUUUAAAAGUAAUUUAAAACAGGUUUUGUUACCUUAGGACACAGCCAUGCUAGCUGCUUCAUAUUCCUACAUUGCUGUCUCCUUCCUUUCUACAUUCCCAAAGUAAAUGGCUCGCUACAACAUCCAAUUCAUAUGGUCUUAAGUUCGAAAUCAUACAUGAAUGUUGGCAUACACCAUUUAGUAUCCAGCUCUUUACAUUAAUACCUAAAAUCAACUUCUGUCCUGUUAAAUGAUACCAUAGUUGAUAUAGAAAUAAUAUCAUUUGAAAUAAUUUGAUCUGUCGGCUCCUUGCUUGUUUGAACAUCCCCUGCUUGUUUUCCACCUUACCUCUUCUUUGCUCUGCUGUUGACCGGUCAGCCAUUAACAGACAAUCUUAAGUUUUGUGCUUUCCAAGUAAAUUGAGAGUUACAUUUUAAAUAUCCUUCAUGCUCUUUAACAAUGCUAGUGGAAAGUCAAGUUUUUGUCACACGGUCAACAGGAAGAGCUGAAAUCCUAAACUUUAGAAAUGUGCCAGCUCCUCUCUGCAGAUUUAUUUUCUAUUUUGAUGGUUGUUGGUCUCACUCUUGCUAUUCUGAAUUAUAACCCUUGUUAUGAGGUUUUGACCAAUCAAAAUCAAGUAUUUAACACAGCUGAGUGAUUAGUUAGAGUGCCCUGUAAUGAAGUAAGCUAAUCAACUCCUGACUGCAGCUACAUCAUUAGCACACAGGCUUGCAAUUUUACUAAAAUGCGGACUUAUUACUUGAAUGUUGUUUAAUUUAGAUUGCAUUCAGAUAAGCAAGCCUGUUUUCUGUUGUUUUUUUUUUUUAGGGGGGGGGGGGGGGGGGGGGGGAUGUGUCCCAUCUUCAUGCUGGAGAGACUGUUUGGUGUGUGUAUGGUAUAUGUAUGUACAGUAUGUGUGGGUGUCUGUAAGGUUAUUCUAAAUCGUCUGUUACAUAUUUUUCUACUUUUUUCUGUUGUGAUGUUUUCAUCCCUGUGAUGAACACAGCUCAGUUGGGGACCUCGGAAAUAUAUUUACACUAUGAGAAGAAAAAACUAAAUCAAUUGCAAUAUAUGCAGUGUUGAAUUUUAUUGUUUUUGUUCUGUAUCGAAGACUCGGGUGCUCGAUAGCUGAUACAGUUCGGUCUUUAAAACCAAUCCAUGAAUGAUAGCUGGUCUCAAGAGGCUUAUCUCUGUUAAGAAAUGCAGUAAAGGAUCACAUCUUAAAUUCACAAACUUCAAACUCUAAUCCUUCCAUAUUCAACCGAUCGUGACGCAUGUUUGUAUCGUAUUGUCUGACUUCUUGGACGUCCUGUAUGCCAGCUGUUUUUGUCUGAAGCAAGAACUAGUAUUUUCAUUGUUGUAUGAUGACAUAGAUUUGUUGCUUGCAGUGAUUGUUCUUAAUCAAAGUGGGGUUAAAAUUGGUGAAACUUGAGUAUGUGUUCUGGAAGUUAGUGGUGAUUAUGCUCCUUGUUUUACCCUGUACCCAAGUAACCCUUUCUCAACACACACCUUAAUAUCUGAGGAGGAUACAUGUGCAAUCCAUCUUGUCACAGAGGGACAAGAUUUGGUCAGAAAGGCAGCGCAAUUAGGUUAAAGGAUCCAAAAAAAGAGCAUGAACUAUGCACAAAAAGUAUAAAUUUGACCUACACUUGUUUGUCCACGUGAGUCUAUUUUGAAAGGGAGGAAGUGGAAGCAAUAAAGUGGACACAUCCCCUGAUUCAAACCCAAAAGGACAUCAGUUUAUCAACUUAUCAAAAGAGCAAACUUUGUCAAGUUCAUGCUCCGGUCCAAAAUGUAAAAGCUAACUAUUCAAUGUUUCUAUGUGUAAAAUUUUCAUUGGAUAUAUAUUGGUAUAUUUGAACUAUCAAAAGGGUCACUGGUUUGAGUUGUAUCUAUGAUGACAGCAUUGAUAUGGGAUGUGAUCAAAAUAAAGCAACACCAGUCUGAAGGAGGAUCAGUCCUGAAGGGUCAACCACGCAAGAAAACUUCAUUUUCUGCAAAGAACUUUAAGAAUCCUUCACCGAGUUUGGACUGAAGGAGUUUGUUUCCAUUUCUUCAGUUUGACUCUAACCUGUUUAUGAAAUUAUAAAAAGUUCUACUCUUAAUGUGAGUUCAAUUCAAAAAUCAACGUGCUGUGUGUAGAAACUGUAGAUGUUUGUAUGUGCAAGUUUGGAAUUUGUGGAACAAAAGAUCAAGGAAAACAAUUCCAAAAAAAGUUCAACAAAAUCUAUUGUGUUGUCUUUGUGUUUUGUAAAUUAAAUCUUGGUAAAUGCUGUAUUUAUUACUUCUGGAUAUUGAGAACAUUUUAGUGAUGCUGAAAAGGUGCUGUAUUUAUUUUAUGUGAGAGUUGUUCAAUGUGCUGGGAAUCGCACUUUUGUGCCAUUUAUCCAGUUCUAUGAAGAAAAUGAUCAAUUAUGGAAAUAAAACUUGAAAGAAAUUCAA